AUGCCACUGAGAAAGUGGUGUUCAAACUCCCAAGAUAUAAUGGAACAAAUGGGUAGACGUGAAGGUGAUACGUUGUUUACACUUGAGAUAGGAGAUGGAGAAAUAGUCAAAUCGUUAGGACUGGAAUGGAAGCCACUAUUAGAUCAAUUCUUUUUUACUUUAUCUUCCACUUUACAACCGAAAUGUUUAACUAAGCGAGUGAUAUUAUCAGAUCUCAAUAAGAUCUUUGAUCCUCUUGGGUUUUUGACCCCCGUGCUGAUAAAAGGUAAGAUUUUUCUGCAACAGAUGUGGGCAGAGAAAAUUGAUUGGGACAAACCGUUACCAAUAGCCAUGCAAACAAAAUGGAGCGCCUUCUACCAAAGUUUAGGGCAGUUGAAGGUACUAGAGAUUCCAAGGAAAGUGAUUCCAAGUCUGUCGAGGGACAUCGAAGUCCAUGGUUUCUGCGACGCCUCGGAGGAAGCGUACGGCGCGUGCAUCUAUGUGCGUUCGAUAGAUGUCAACGGAAUAUGGAGUUCGAGACUCUUAUGUUCGAAAACCCGUGUAGCACCUUUGAAAGGAACUACCAUUCCGCGCUUAGAGCUGAAUGGGGCGCUAUUACUUGCCGAGUUAGCCAACAAAGUGUCAGAUUCAUGGGGCUUUCAGUUGGGAAGUUGUCAAUUAUGGACUGACUCGAUCGUAGUCUUGAGUUGGAUAAACAGUCAGCAAACCAGAUUAAAAUCUUACGUUCUAAAUCGAAUAUCUCAAAUUUUGGAAUUGACUGAUGCGAACCAGUGGCACCAUGUACGUACAGCUGACAACCCUGCUGAUGUUAUUUCCCGUGGCAUAAGUGCCAAGGAGCUUUUGGUAGCAGAUCUCUGGUGGCAUUUACCAAGAUGGAUGUCAGAUCAAAAAAGCCAAUGGAAUGCGUCAGAAGUACAAUUAAUCAAAGAUGAAGAGAUUCCGGAACAACGUGCAGUAAAACUUGCAUUAGUGACUUCUCUACCAUUAACCAAACUCUUCGAUGCUUUCUCGAACUGGCACAAACUAGUACGCUCAGUAACAUGGCUCUUACGAUUCAUAAAGUAUAUGAAGCUAAAAAAAACUAUUGAAUAUCCAAAGCAUUUAUUAGUUUCCGAGUUACAAGGCGCUAAAGUCGCUGUGAUCAAAUGGGUUCAGAGAGAGUCGUUUCACGAGGAGAUUAAAUCAUUAGAAUCUAAUAAGGAACUACUUCGAAGAAGCAAAAUCAAGAAUUUGCAGCCAUUCAUAAAGGACGGUCUAAUCCAUGUCGGCGGACGCCUAGAGUAUUCCAACAUAUCUGAACAGCAAAAACAUCCAUUAGUACUACCAGCGAGCCACAGAAUAACGCGCUUAAUAUUUGAAGAUCGGCACCGAGAAUUACUGCACUGUGGACCACAGGCUUUGUUGGCUGAAAUAAGAAGAAUGUAUUGGCCACUGAGAGGACGAAUAAUGGCACGUUCAGUAACAUCACGUUGUGUUCAGUGUGUAAAGGCAAGACCUAAGUUUUUGUUACCACUGAUGGCCCCAUUACCAAAGGAUCGAGUACAAUGCUCUCGGCCUUUUGGUAUCGCUGGGGUAGAUUUCGCUGGUCCGAUUGUUAUCAGAAGUGGAAUCCGUCGAGUAACUGGCAUAAAGGCAUGGAUUGCUGUUUUUGUGUGCUUUUCGACUAGGGCAGUUCACUUAGAGGCGGUGGAAGACCUAACAAGUGCUGCAUUCGUAGCUUGCUUACGUCGAUUUAUGUCAAGGCGUGGAAAAUGUAAGAGAAUUUAUAGCGAUAAUGGUACCAAUUUCGUUGGGGCGCAAAAAGAGCUCACCGCAUACAUGGAAAAAUUGAUAAACGAAUGGAAGGAGAAGGAAUCGAAUGGAGAUUCAACCCCCCUUCAGCUCCUCAUUUUGGAGGGCUUUGGGAGAAUGCUGUGA